AUAAUCUUUUGGUGAUAAAGAAAACGUGGAAUCAUUUUAUGGCAUUCGAUUUCGGCAUGUGAGACUAUAUUUUAAAAAAAUACUUAAAAUGCAAAAGUGAACCUAUACUGAAUAUCAGAUAAAUCAAAUCGAUUUGUUGUAUUAAUGUUUCAUAAAUAUGGUCAAGAGAUUUCUUAUAACAGUCAUAUUUGCUUCAUUCGUAAAAACUACUUACGGUCAUAUUGAAGCUGCAAAGUUAGAAGAAGAGUGCAAGAUAGCGGACAUCUGCCGGCACGACCAGGUGCCCAUCUGCGGGAUCGACUCCUGCGGCGAAUUGAGAACCUUCAUCGACACCUGUGACAUGCACGAGUUCAACUGUGACAGCAAGAAAGAUUUUAUUCAAAAGCCACCACAUGAAUGCUGGGUCACGUGCAAGCGUGGGAGGAGCUUCAGGAAGCCCGAGUUUGGACUUGACUGCGACAAGCAAAACCUAGUUUAGCUCAGAAUUAUUAUUACCAAUUUAAUUAUCAUAGAAUUUUUUUUUUAUCUUGAAAUAAAGAUAUGAAGAUUUCUAAAAGCCUUCUUUCUUAAGAAGUCGGCAAUGAAUCAUCUUAUUAGGUAUCUAUGCGGUACGUACACUCAGGAAACCUCGCUUCUUGUCCUAUACUAUAUAGCUUACCCGCUCUGGAAACAUAGCUUCUUGUCCUAUACUAUAUAGCUUACCCGCU